UGCCACCUCUCUCUCCAUCAACACAUGCUUUGAGGCUUCAGGAUCUGAAAGUACACUCCUGGCAGUGAUAUCUUCACAGAUCUUCAGUACUUUAGUUUUUUCCCCUCAUGUUAGAAAACUUGUAUCUUCAAUUUGUUGUAUGCUGUUGACUGUACAAGACUGCUCUAGAAUUGUUCCAUAGAGGGAAGAGAAUGUAAAAUGGCGUUGGUCCUGAAGAGGUGUAUGUGGCAAACAAACACUUCAUGUAACUACUGUUACAGAAUGAUAGCUUGUGUUUCUGGAGGUCGUGCUAAGAUAAUGAAAACCAGGAAGAUGAAAUGACCAGAUUAAGCUGCUGAGCCAGUGCUGAAGACCUCCAAUUGUUGUAAGGAGCUCUUCCAUUUCUGUAAAUUAGUUAACUUCCAGCUUGCAGUAGGAUAGAGGCAGACAAGCAGUAAUGCAACAUCAGUAAUGUCCAUGCACCUUUUAAAUCUGAUUGAAUCCAGAUAAAACUGUUUAGACUUUGUGGGCUGGACUGGCCAUCAUAUAUCACAAAGUCUCAUACAUUGCUGCAGCCAUGUUGUCCUGUGCACUUUACUUGACUUUUGCUGACAAGCUCCAAACAAGUUGUCUGACUUCAAGGAUCAAGGCUGUGUAUCCUGCUUUCUUUUUAAGUGACCUUAAUCACAGCACACAAUAUGUGCAGGGGCUGGCACUCUGCACCCUUGGCUGCAUGGGCUCCUCAGAAAUGUGCAGAGACCUUGCAGGAGAGGUGGAAAAGCUCCUCAAAACUUCCAACUCGUAUCUUAGGAAGAAGGCAGCACUGUGUGCCGUUCAUGUCAUUAGAAAGGUGCCUGAACUCAUGGAGAUGUUCCUGCCAGCAACCAAAAAUUUGCUGAAUGAGAAGAACCAUGGUGUUCUUCACACAUCAGUUGUCCUCCUCACAGAGAUGUGUGAGAGAAGCCCAGACAUGCUUGCACACUUUAGAAAGCUUGUUCCCCAGUUAGUUCGAAUACUGAAGAACCUUAUCAUGUCUGGAUAUUCACCAGAGCAUGAUGUGUCUGGGAUCAGUGACCCCUUUUUGCAGGUGCGAAUCCUGCGGCUACUGCGAAUUCUAGGGCGAAAUGAUGACGAUUCUAGUGAAGCAAUGAAUGAUAUACUUGCACAGGUUGCCACUAAUACAGAAACAAGUAAAAAUGUAGGAAAUGCUAUUCUCUAUGAAACUGUGCUGACCAUUAUGGACAUAAAAUCUGAGAGUGGAUUGAGAGUGUUAGCCAUUAACAUCCUAGGCCGUUUCUUACUAAACAACGACAAAAAUAUUAGAUAUGUAGCUCUGACAUCCCUUUUGAAAACUGUGCAGACAGACCACAACGCAGUGCAGCGGCACAGGAGCACGAUUGUGGACUGCCUGAAAGAUCUGGAUGUCUCCAUUAAAAGGCGUGCAAUGGAACUGAGUUUUGCUCUUGUUAAUGGGAACAAUGUCCGUGGGAUGAUGAAGGAGUUGCUGUAUUUCCUAGAUUCCUGUGAACCAGAGUUCAAGGCAGACUGUGCAUCUGGAAUAUUUCUUGCAGCUGAAAAAUAUGCUCCUUCCAAACGCUGGCACAUAGACACCAUCAUGAGAGUCCUAACCACGGCAGGAAGUUAUGUUCGUGAUGAUGCUGUUCCAAAUCUGAUUCAGCUGAUAACCAACAGUGUGGAGAUGCAUGCCUACACUGUGCAGAGGCUCUACAAAGCCAUCCUUGGGGAUUACUCCCAGCAACCCCUGGUACAAGUGGCCUCUUGGUGCAUAGGAGAGUAUGGAGAUCUUCUGGUGUCUGGGCAGUGUGAGGAGGAGGAGCCAAUACAGGUAACAGAGGAUGAAGUCCUUGAUAUUUUGGAAAGUGUCCUGAUAUCUAAUAUGUCUGCAUCUGUUACACGAGGCUAUGCUCUCACUGCCAUCAUGAAGCUUUCUACAAGGUUCACCUGCACUGUCAACCGCAUCAAGAAGGUAGUUUCCAUUUAUGGCAGCAGCAUUGAUGUGGAGCUACAGCAGAGAGCAGUGGAAUAUAAUGCACUUUUUAAGAAAUAUGAUCAUAUGAGGCCAGCCCUGCUUGAGAGGAUGCCAGUAAUGGAGAAAAUCACCACAAAUGGCCCUACUGAGAUUGUACAGACCAAUGGAGAGACAGAGCCAGCAGUACUGGAAACCAAACCUCCACCCUCUGGAUUGCAGCCUGCCAGCCAGGCAAAUGACUUGUUGGACUUGUUGGGGGGAAGUGAUAUAACACCUGUAAUCCCCACUGCACCUACAAGCAAGCCAGCCACUGCUGGUGGGGAGCUCCUUGACCUCCUUGGAGACCUCAAUCUAACAGGUUCUCCAGUAUCUGCCCCUGCGCCGCAGAUAGCACAGCCUCCGUUCCUGCUUGAUGGGCUUCCCUCACAGCCUCUCUUCAAUGACAUUGCUGCAGGAAUCCCCUCAAUAACUGCAUACAACAAGAAUGGGCUGAAGAUUGACUUCACCUUUGAGAGGUCAAACACCAACCCCAGCGUCACUGUAAUCACGAUACAGGCCUCCAACAGCACAGAGCUGGACAUGACAGAUUUUGUUUUCCAAGCAGCAGUACCAAAGACAUUCCAGCUGCAGCUCCUGUCUCCCAGCAGCAGUGUCAUCCCUGCAUUUAACUCGGGAACCGUCACACAGGUCAUUAAAGUCCUGAAUCCACAAAAGCAACAACUACGUAUGCGGAUCAAGUUGACAUAUAAUCACAAGGGCUCAGCAAUGCAGGAUCUAGCAGAAGUCAACAACUUCCCCCCUCAGUCUUGGCAGUGAGGCUCUGGCACCAUUCUUAUACUCACCCCACCCAAUCAAAAACUCUGGGAAGAAGGUUGUGAUCCUUGGCAAUCCCCCAAACUGCACCAUGGGCAUGGGGAACAGAUGAAACCUGCUGAUGAGGAGGAAUUUUCCUGAAGUGAUUGCUGACUUUGAAGCAUAUCUGUUAAGACUAAUCUCCUCUCCUCCGCUGAUGAGGCUGGCGGCUUGUGGAGGCUACUGUGCACUCCUUCACACAUGCAUUCACAGCCAGAAGCAACAUUCCCAUCUCCCCUCUCCUCCCCUGCCCCCUGCAAAGAAACACCGUCUGGUCGGAAAAGAAGUCUGGAAUUUCUAGCAGGGAAACUUUCUUCUCUCUGCAGCAAGUGAACAGCUGACCCUUCUUUCUGCUGUCUUUUUUCCUUUGGGGUGGGCAGGGUGUGUUUUCAUUCAUUGCUAGCUGGAUUCCUUCAGGCACUUUCAUCUGGGGCUCAGACUGGGGACUUGGGGAAUGUCAGGCUGCCCUGCCUCUGUCGUCUUGUGUCCCUUGUGUCUGAAGGGGCUGGAGGCUUCUUAUGGCCUACUCGGUGCAUUGUUGUAUACACCCACCUCUUUGUUAUGUGAUACAUACCAAGAGCAGGUUAGGCCUUGGGAGUUGAUCUACAAACCUGGGACAGAGCAGGGAAAGAGGUGCUGGUGAGAGCUGGUAGAAUUGCUUUGGUGCUGUACUUGGAAAUGAGGACCUUACACUUGAAUUUUCUUUCUUUCCAUCAGUAGCUACAGCCAUGCAGAUUUCACAGUCAGUCUUCUGUCGCUUCCCUGGAAAGUGGUGGUGAUGUGAGAAAUGUAGAGAUCCAAGGAGCAGCUAGUUUUCUACCACAGACGGUUCCAAAGCCUUUUAACCCAUUAGUUGUGGGUAGAAAAAGACAGCUUCUUAGGUCAGUCUUUGAGCAAGGUCUCUGUUCCUGCUGGGAGACUCAUGAGAGACUAUGCUGCAAAGUUGUUCUUCCCGGUUAUUCCAGACCAUCUCCCAGUUUGAUUUCCAGAGCCUGUUGUAGACCCCCCUGGAUCCCAUUUGAGUUACUUCUGAGUGGGAUAUUUGUGUUGUAUCUGUAAUAUUGGCACUGAAAUAAAGACCAUGCGGUUUAAAGAGACCUUUUCCCAUUUUGUUACUUAAUUAAUCCUUGUAGUUUGCUCCUUGCUCCCCUGUCAGAAAGAUAUGCUAGUUCAGAUUUAGACUGAAAGUAACAAAACUGUUCUUUGAGUGGAAGCCAGUCAUUUGGGUGUUUGGAUCCAAAGCUGUGAGGUCCAGUGCUCUUGUAAGCUUACAGAAAGGUGUGUUCAGUUAUGUUUCCUAGUGGAACUGUUGUCAAGGUGGUACAGUUCUCUGAAUUCUCGUGGAGGCAAUGUGUGGACAUAAGCACAGCAUGACAAAGCUAUUCAGAUGUUCAGCACUCUUCAGGGAGGAAGAGGGGAGGAUGUAUCUUAGAUCUUCAUGAGUGUGCUGGUAAGUGGAAGGUCCUCCAGCUUGCAGCCCAGUGCUUUCUCAGAAGAAAUGGAUGGCACGUCUGCUUUAUUCUGUCAUGGGGCUUUCCAGACAGUGGUUGUUCAAUGGUCUGGUGGCAAGCUUAGACACAGCUUUUUGCAUCUGCAAAAGUGCUAACACUAGGCUCCAGUCCUUGCCAGAAACACUGCAGAAGUGGUACUCGCUGUAAUUAGAGAAAAUUGAAGACCUAUUGAGCCCUGGAACUGGGAGCAGGAGGCCACCAAAGGCUGUUCAGUCUGCUUUGGUUUUAACUGUGUUAAGUAAUACAACGUAGGACUGACUGUCACUGAUUUAAGUGCUGGUUUAGCUUCUCUUGGAGGGCAUUUUUGCUGCCUUAUUGAUUAAACAGGUUUGGGCCCUUAGACUAGCAAAGACCUUUAUUAUUCUACAGAAACUGGUAUCAGGGGGUUUUAACAUCUAGAGGAAUGAUGUAUGAUUUCCUUAAAAGAAUCCUGGGCUAUGGCAGGGAGCCUUGGCUGUCAGUGGUGAGAUGGAUACUGUGAUUCAGCUAGAAGAACAAGGCAGGCAGUCUUGCAGAAAGUGGCUGAAUCAGAGCCUGUCUGUAGGUGCUGAGCAUCUACCUUAGUUGCUUUCACUGCAGUUGUGACUGUUCAUCACCCCACUAGGUCAAACUCCUUAGUGUUGUAGGCUGAGCAUGUUAAACCUAGACUCCAGUGAGCUGGGGGUGUUUGAAAUAUGAAGCUAAUGGAGAGCCUGCCAUAGUUCCAUAAGCUCUCCCAUUCUCCUCACAGAACUAUACAUGCUCACUUGUAGUGGAAGCUGGCACACCUCAGUCUCCAUUUGUUUUUGCUGAGAAAGCACUGGAGUGGGAGAUCAGAUGGGGAGAAAGAAGUAGGUGGUCUCUUACCUGGCCAGUUUGUUGCAGCAGAGUUGAGAAUAGCUUAUCUUGUCCCUCUUGUUGCACUGUUUUCUGUCCCCUAGAGCAGCUGGGUUUUGUUGUUGGUCUCUGGAAAGCUUGUAGGUAAAUUUCUACUGUGUUCUUGGCUCCUUCAGCCACCCUUGCACACGGUUGUCAUGUAUUCCUGAGUCAAGCUGAAAGAGGUGGUGCAUGUAUCUGAAAUGCAUUCUGCUUGAAGCCAUCCUUGGGCUAUGAAGUACUUCUUGUAGCAGCCAAACAUUCCUGUAGUCCUUGGAGCUCUUUCCCUUCCCCUUGCUAAGGGAUGGGGCACUAGCAUUAUGCCAGAGGGAAGGCCAGGUUUCACACGCUCCCUGUCUGCAACACUAGAUACCUUUGCUCGCUCCUUCCCCCCAAAGUGCAUCUCUAGGUGCUGUGCUGCUGCUUUGUGUUCUGACUGGGGAGCACUCGCACCCCCAGAGGUGCUCUGAGGUUCGGGCGAAUCUUUUCCACCAGUUGAAUGCAACAGUUCUUGCAAGUCUGGUCGACGUUUUCCUUGCUUCAGUGUAAGGAGAAUAAGGGAGCAAGAUAACAGAAUUCAUGGCUAAUCUGACCAGUAUCUGCAUUGGAGACUUUGGAGCUGGGAGAGAUUGAAUGUCUGGUUUUUUAAGUGUAUGUAUUUUGAGUCAAAAAAUGACAGAAUAGUGGCCAUAAGGGGCCUGAAGGGGGAGAAGGCGUGGGAAGGUCCCAAGAUUUGACUCUCUGGGUUUUGAUGGGACAAAACAUGGCCUUGAACAACCUGUUGAAGCAAUAGCAGUGAGGGGACUGCCACCUCUACAGUACCUUGGAUACAUAACGCAGAAGAUGCUGAAUCAGAUGGGAAAGGUGACUUAGUGCCUUGCCCAAGGCUGGUACGAGCUGCAAGAUGGAGCAGCAAAGAUGGCUUUUCUUUUUCUUUUUUUUUUUUUUUUUUUUCACAUCUGCUGGUGUGCUUUCUGUGUGUUCAUUUUCUACCUGGGGGCUGUGAGGGAAGGAGCUAUUGGACUGCUUCCCUCUGAACUUUCACUCUAUUCCUAUAUAUUCCUUUUUCUUUCCUGAUGUUGUAAUUUACAUAGAGCCCCAUCCCACCUCUUUGAUGGUAUAGUAAAAAAUAAAUUUAAAAAACCCCAACAAAACACAAAGAAAAGGAACCCCAAACCCAAAACAAAACCCCAACAAACCAGAUCAAAUUUAAAGUAAAAACAUGCCUCUUGAGCAGGGAGCCUGGUGGCAUUCAAACUUCUGCAGACCUAUUUUUGAGAUGUGAAAAAUUUAAAUAAACGCUGAGUCUUAGGUGAGUGAGGAGCAUAACGGAUGUAAACAUUUACAUGGGAUGCAUUAGACUUCUGCUGUGUGUAUUGUCUUUUGGUUGAAACAAAUUAUGAAGUGACUAAUAAAAUGAGUCAAUAUUCAAUGAUUUAAAA